ACUGCAUCCAACUCAAUCACUAACAGCAAACCUUAUCGUGUUGGUCAAUGGAUUCCUUCCGAUCAGAAAGUUAUUGACAAAUGGUUAGCCGACUUGACCACAGAAGUCAAAACUAAAUACAGCGAUAAGUUAAAGUUAUUAAUUACUCUUUAUCCACCAGCCGAAGAUGAAGAUACAGUCGUGAGUGGAAUUCAACAUGCAGUUGCGAAAAGGGCUGCAACAAAUGAAGAGACAGCCAAGGGAGUAGGUCUAUCAGCAAUUGCUAAUGGUACAGACGAAGACCUCGGUCUUCAUCCACCGGUCAAAGACUUGCUGGAUGCUAUUAUCUCCGACCCCGAGAUCAACAUGUUCUUCCAUCAGAUGUUCUCGCAACAGUACAAGCUCCCAGAUACUUCAGAAGGGACAAAGAUUCCUUGCUGGCAACUGAUGAUUUUUUCAAUCGACUACAUCAUGACAACAGCUCCAAAGUACAACAAAACUGGUUUGGUUGGUUUUCCCAUCAACGUAAUCCUGAACUGGCCGAUGGCUACGACUGCUGGAUUUGCUGCUUUCCUAAACGACAAAGUCAACAGGUUGUUCAAGAAUAUCUUAAACUACUGGGGAAAGUUUCUUUCAAGUUCCGACUCCUGCUAUGUGUUGACUGAUGAUCCUCGUCAUGGUUGGUUUGGUGAAGACGCAAUGGAAGCGAUGCCAAACUUCGUCAAAGAAUUCAAAUGCAAGCCUAAUAAAAAACACCAUGGUUUUACAUCAUGGGAUGAUUUCUUUACCAGAGAGUUCCGCGAUGGCAUUCGUCCAGUAGAAUCUCCAGACGACGAUUCCAUUGUCGCGAAUGCCUGUGAGUCGGCGCCAUAUCAGAUCUCUACAGCCGUGCAACACAGGGACUACUUCUGGAUAAAGCACCAGCGAUACUCCUUAGACUUCAUCCUGAACAUGAGUGACCUUGCCAAGCAGUUCUAUGGUGGUACCGUCUACCAAGCGUUCCUAAGCGCCACCAGUUAUCACCGAUGGCACAGCCCUGUGUCGGGCAUCAUUUACAAGACAGAACUCGUGGAUGGUUCCUAUUAUUCUGCAACCCACAACAUCCGAGAUGACCCUGCAUCACCCAACAUGUCACAAGGAUACCUGGCCCAGGUAGCUUCCAGAGGUAUUAUCUACAUUCAAUCUGACAAUCCCGCCAUUGGCUUGAUGUGCUUUGUAUCGAUCGGUAUGUCAGAGGUGUCCUCCAACGAAAUCACCGUUACAGAAAGGAAGAGGGUAAAGAAAGGUGACCAGCUCGGUAUGUUUCACUAUGGUGGGUCCACGCAUCUCCUGAUAUUCCGGCCAGGAGUAAAUAUCGAAUUCGAUACGAGAGGUCAAACGCCAGGUCUGGAAGCAAUAAAUAUUCCAGUUAAAUCAAAAAUCGCGACCAUACUUCCACCAGGAAAAUAGAAGCGGUCAAAUUUUGAUAAACAUUUCACUUAAUGUGGUUUGAGAUGACUGAUAACAUAUAUCCUAGUACGAAUCAGGUCGAGACCCCACUCAAUUCCUGGGUUUUACAUCAACAGGGACUUUGUGCAAGGGCUCGCAGUAUCCAUAUGAUUCAGUACCGACUGUAUCAAACCUUGUUUGCCGUGAGGAAAUAAAAGUAGUGGUUUUAAUUGU